CUCAACAUGGCACGUACAAAGCAAACUGCACGUAAAUCUACUGGUGGCAAGGCUCCACGCAAACAGUUGGCAACUAAAGCCGCACGUAAGAGCGCACCAGCCACCGGAGGAGUGAAGAAACCUCAUCGUUACAGGCCAGGUACCGUAGCUCUCCGUGAAAUCCGUCGUUACCAAAAGAGCACCGAACUUCUAAUCCGUAAACUUCCAUUCCAGCGUUUAGUGCGUGAAAUCGCCCAAGACUUCAAGACCGACCUUCGAUUCCAGAGCUCUGCUGUCAUGGCUCUACAAGAAGCCAGCGAAGCCUACCUUGUCGGGCUUUUCGAGGACACGAACUUGUGCGCCAUCCACGCCAAGCGUGUCACAAUCAUGCCGAAGGACAUCCAACUUGCCCGCCGUAUCCGUGGCGAGCGUGCUUAAAUAGACAGCCAAGCACACACAAACCAAAUGGCCCUUUUCAGGGCCACCACAUCCUCCAAAAAGAGAACUACCGUCAUUAAUAAGUGUCA